GACGUGUCUAAAGGAGAUAAGCUAACGUGACUACCAUGGAGCAAGGUAAAAUAUUGAUUCUAUGUGAAUUAAACUUGUGAUCCUUGCGCUGGCGCUGACGCUUUCACCCUUGCCAACGAGUCCUCAUAAUGAACCGGAUCUGGGGAUGGGAGCUAUGUGACAUUGAAAUUUCUGAACCUCGUUCUCCAUAAUGGACGGACCUCGCCUGUGCCUGGUAGUUGCUUAGGAAGCAAGUAAACUCGUAGCUUGGCUAUGAGCAACAACUUGUAUAUGAAGGGGCGAGGCCGGCCGUCAACUGAGAGGGUUUAGGACAGACAACCGCUCCUCCAGUACCUGUCCACCGAGUAGCUAGUCCUGAGGCACCAAAGAAGACCAUAACCACCACUAGGAGGCUUUCCUACAAGUCAAGAUGGUCUCUACCUGGGUCCUCGCCUCGACUCUCGCCCUAUCAAGGCUAGCUCUUGCUGACACCUGUUCCACCCUAAAGGACAUUUCUAAUAUUGACGUUUCUCACCGUCUUGACCUAUCCUACAUCCACGAGCAGAACGAGUAUUGGUCUACCUCGUGUUCCGCCCUGAAGCCUUCUUGUAUCCUUUUCCCCAAGGACGCUAACGAGGUAUCUGCCAUCGUGAAGGUCCUCAAUAACAACACCGAACCCUUUGCUGUAAAGUCUGGAGGGCACAACCCAAACAAUGGCUGGGCGAGUGUCAAAGGCGGCCCUCUUAUUUCAACGCAGAAGCUCAAGCAGGUUAUCGUGGAUCAGGAGACAGGUAUAGCCAGGGUGGGGCCAGGCCAACGAUUAGACAGCAUUUCAGCUGAACUUCAAGGAACAGGCUGGACAUUUGUCGGUGGCCGUAUUGGCAACACGGGCGUAGGUGGCCUUGUUCUCGGUGGCGGUCUAUCGUAUAUGUCGGCCCAGUACGGCUGGGCUGCUUCUUCCGUACUGGAGUAUGAGAUCGUGCUCGCCAAUGGUACAAUCACAACCGCAUCUGCCACCAAGAACGCGGACCUAUUCAAAGCCCUCAAGGGAGGUGGCAACAACUUCGGUAUCGUGACAACCUAUGUUCUUCAACUAUACCGCCAAGGCGAUGUCUUCGGCGGCAACCUGGUUUUCCUUCGCACCCCUGAGAAAGACAAGAAGCUGCUGAAGGCGGUGCGGGACUUCACCGAGUACAACCAGGACGACAAAGCAGCAGUCAUCGUCACGGCGGAGCGCGGCAACAUCGACCUCAUCGAUACCUGGAUUCUAUUCCUAUUCUACGACGGCCCGGUAGUUCCCGAGGGAACAUUCAAGAACUUCACGGAUGUCGGGCCUCUCCUCGACACCACCAAGGUCCAGACCUACGCGAAGCUGAUGGCUGGUAGCAACUGGGUCAUCGUCCCACUGUCCGUCGUGCAGAUCGGCACCGAGACGAUCCCCAUGCCGUCGGCCGAGAACAGCGUGAAAGUGAUGGAAGGUAUCCACGCCCACUGGCGCAGCAUCACGGACACGGUUCUCCUCGAACCGGGUAUCAUUGCCUCCAUCGCGUACCAACCCUUCCCCAAGGCCAUUUCCCGGGCUGCGAAGGCCAGGGGCGCGGAUCUAAUCGACACGGAUGACGAAGCGCACCGUCUUAUUAUCGAGUUGAACUAUAGCUUCUUGCCUCAAGGUGAUUAUGCGAAGAUGGACCAGAAGCUACAGAACACUUACGGCGGAGUCCGCGAUCGUGUAGUCGGCUGGCAGAAAGACGGCACCCUGCCCGACAUCUACCUUCCCAUCUUCAUGAACUACGGCUUCCAUCAGCAAGAUUAUUUCGCGCGCCUACGUCCGGAGAGCAGGGCUUUUGCACACGCAGUAUCGGAGAGCGUAGAUCCUAAUGGAUUCUUUCGAAACAGAACCGGAGGCUGGAAACCUUAAGAGCGAUUUAUCAGAUACCAAUGCUCAUUUUUGAUACCCAUGCAUACAUACAUAGGGUACCUACCUAGGUACCUAAUGUAUACUGAACCCGAGCAUUCGCGUCUCGCUUCAUCCUUUCCAUUUAUCCAUGCAUUAGUUUAGGUACCCAACGCGGGUGAGGUGCGAUGAACUUAUAAUGAAAUGGCACAUAAAAUAUAAUGACUUAAUAAAACUAUUGAUCGGUAACGGUGCCUCGAGUCUUCAUGUAUCUAAUGUACCUACGUAGACAUCACUCAACAAGUAUCUAACCGGACAUCAUCAGUUAACCUCCACAAAAAUAAUAACCAAACAAUCCUAAUGAAGAAAUGAUUGAAGAUGGUAGAGAUAGAAGAGCAAAAGGUUAAAAAGACAAUGCAGACCAUUUCAGAUCGGAUCGUAAUGCGGUGAGUGUGGAUCGAACAC